AAACCUUCUUUCUUAGGCUACUGUAAUCUUAGCUGUGGCUAUUCAUGGAAAUGACUUUUGCUCCCUAAUAAAACAGCGGUUAUCCAGGCUGCGUUAUAGCCUACAUUGAGUCUUCGCUGUGUCGUAGCCUACCAUCGGACAAGAAUGCUGUGGUUGCUGAUCCUUGUACCUGUGUGUGGUGCAUCAGUACCUGACACAUUCGCUGUGUUUGUUCCUGAUGGCCCACUCUCUGUGUGGAAGGGAUCCUCGAUCAUCCUGCCCUGUUCACUCUCUCCUGCGUUCACUGAAUCACUGGAGGUGCGCUGGCACCGACCUGAUGAAUUCAAAACUCCCGUUCUGCUUUAUGAGAAGCAGCAGAUCCAGCAGCAGCCGGCUGACCCUCAGUACAAGGGCAGGGUGCGCCUGGUAGGGGAGCUGCAGAAGGGCAACUUAUCCCUGGAAAUAGACAAUGUCCAACUGGCAGACAGUGGAGAUUAUGUCUGCUAUGUUUCUGCUAAGACUUUGUACAAAGUGGCCCAAAUUCACCUAGUUGUGAAAGCGAUGGGCACUCCACCAAUCAUUUCAGACUCUGAUGGUGGCAGUGGACAGGUGAACGUUACCUGUGAAUCAGAGGGUUGGUCACCACAGCCCACACUCACCUGGAGAAACAAAGGAGGUGCAGAAAUCCCCAGUGAGAGCCAUCAUAGUGCACCAGAUGCCAAUGGACUUGUGAGUGUGACUUCCUGGCUGGUGCACUCUUCCUCUGAGUGGAUUGCGUGCUCUGUAGGUCUCUCUGAAGACGAGAGAAAAGAGAGCAGAUUCUUACCAGGGACAGUGAAUGAGCUGCACAAGACACUGGCAGAGAUGGAGAGUCUGAAACAGAAGAGUGGAGGCCUUUGGAAAGAUGGCUUAAUUGUUCUCUUUUUUUUACUAUCUCUGACUGCUUCGAUUGUGGCUGUUGUCCUGUACAGAAAGGGUUUGGGAAAAUCGAAAGAUCGAGACUUGAAAAACUCAGACGAAACAGGGAUGCCAUUGGCACCGGACAAUCAGGAUCAAAGAAAAGAAGUGGAAACUCUAACAAAAGUGGUCCAUUCACAUGACAACAUCCACUAUUCUCUUGAUGCAAGGGCCACCUUAUCUUGUCAACUCUCCUCUGAUAAAAGCGCUGUUGACAUGGAGAUCCGGUGGUUUAAAGACCGGACAUGUAUUUGUCGGUACCAAAAUCGCCAGAUGAAAGCAGGAAGAGGCUAUGAAGGCAGAGUAAGCCUCUGCAUGGAAAAGCUAGAGAAUGGGAAGAUAUUCCUGGAGCUAAACAAUAUCAAACCAGAGGACAAGGGGACAUAUGUGUGCCAAGUCAUCCACAGAGAGUACAAUGAGUGUGCCUUAGCAAUUAGGCAUGCUCCUUAUGCCCAAGAUAAAGACAAGGAAUUUUGCAUCUACCCACAGGGAGGCCUCGAGUUCAAUGUUGAAGAUAAAUUGAAAAUGGAAAAAUCUGCCCAGGAGCUUGGUUAGAAAUGGUGCUUGAAUCUUUGCAUUUCAGCCAUUUUCUGUCACGGGACAAUUUUCUGGUUUGUACAUCUAUACUUUGAAUUGUAUAUGUUACCUACUUGCAAAGCCCACAGGGCUGCACAUGUUGUUUGCCACUUUUUCUUUACCUGUUGUUUUGGCUCCACUUCUACUGGAAUGCAGUCUGUUCAGCUGAUCCAGUGCAGAAGAUCUGUGCUUACUGCUGUUGUCCCUGCACAUGUCUACUCACAAUCAGUGCCAAACUAUUUAACUGUGGGAAGGCCCACUUGCAUUAUCCCCUAUGUCAUAGGAAAUGUAAAAGCUUAUAAUAGUAACCUUGCGAGUAAAUUCUGCUUAUACAGUAUUUUACUUACUACUCACUCUCCCCCAUCUCUAUCUAAGGGCAUACACUAUUAUACAGUAGGCCCUAUAUUCACAUAUAAAAUAUGAAAUCUUGUAUGAAUAGGUUCAACCACUUAUUUUUAAGUUAGCCUACGUAGUAAAAGCAUUUGACCAGCUGGUUGUCCAGCAGAAGGUAUGUUUUCACAAGAGUUUUGUUGGUCAAGCUUAUUAAUUCAGCUGAUCUACACGUUGUGCCACCUCAAGCUGGCCAUUAUAGCUGGUUUUGCAUGGUCUUACAUUACUGGUUUAACUGACCAUGCCAGCUUAUGUUGGUCAUUCUAGUAAAUCAGCAUGGCCAUCUUACACCAGUAUAGUCAAGCUUGGCAGGCUGGUCACCAGCAUGACCAGCUUGCUCAAAUGGUGGUGUAACCAGCUACACCAGCAAAGACAAGCAAUAGCUGGUAGAAAACCAGCAAAGACUUUCUGCCAGCAUAAAUGUCCCUGCUGGUUGGUCAGGCUGUUUAAGUGCAUAAACUGUGCUAGGGAUCUGUGACGGUUUACACAAUUGUGACUUUUGUCUUGUGCUUUCACCUUGAAUCAUGCACUGAAUGUUUGAAAUUAUACACAUGUGUUUUUGUCAUUUUGUAUGCCAGUCUAGUUUUACUAAUUGUUAAGCAGAUAACAGAUAUCCGCUCAGUGAAUUAUACAUCACGUGCAUUGCUGGCAUGGCUAGCAAGAGUGAUCAAAAUGUCUUGCAUGUACACUUUUUAAAUAACCUGUUGAAUGUGAUAUUUACUGAAGAAUGAGAGUACUGUCGUAUGAAACAAAAUGUGCUAACCAGCUCGAGUUGCUGUAACCAGCAGCUAGAGCAGCCAGGUCACUAGUGCUACAGUCCGGGGGCAUGUUAACUUCAUGUGAUGCAAGAAGUGCUCUUUUUAAAUUCAUACCAACAGGACUUGUUGACCUCGAGAAACAGAUACAGUAUGAAAAAUGUCCAGAAUUCUCCGUUAAUGUUAUGAUGCACUUUGUCCUAAUCCGAUGAUCCAAUGGGAGAAUGUGCUAAGAACACAACACAUACUUGGGAUGCUAAAUGUACUGGGAUAUGUUUGCUCCUCACUGAUGUUAAUGACUUUAUCCUCUUGAUUAAAUAAAGGUUGAAUGAAUG